CAGGCAAUUCCAUGUGCCCACAUGGCGCUGCUCUCUCAUCAUAUUUACUCUCCAAAUGAAUUCAACCCCAUUUCCCACCCCACCAUAAAUCAAAUCAACCAAAAACCAAGAUUCGAUUUUGAUUGUCGUAUGCACCAACACCCUCCAAGAACCAGUUGAGAAAUGGAGAAGAGCAGCAGCAGUGGGUUUGUGAGGGCAGACCAGAUCGAUUUGAAGAGCUUGGAUGAGCAGCUCGACCGCCAUUUGAAUAGGGCUUUGACUUUGGAGAAUAACAGAAACACUCAACACGACUUUUCUCACUCCUCCUCCGCCGCCGCCGCCGCCCUCAGGAGGCCGAGGCAGGAAUGGGAGAUUGACCCUUCUAAGCUGAUCAUCAAGACAGUCCUUGCACGUGGCACUUUUGCCACUGUCCACCGUGGCAUUUACGACGGCCAAGAUGUCGCCGUUAAACUGCUCGAUUGGGGGGAAGAGGGCCACCGGACAGAGGCUGAAGUCCAAUCCCUUAGAGCAGCUUUCACUCAAGAAGUUGCUGUUUGGCAUAAACUCGAUCAUCCUAAUGUAACAAAGUUCUUAGGUGCAACAAUGGGCUCUUUGGGGCUCAACAUUCAAACAGAAAACGGCCAUAUCGGCAUGCCUAGUAACAUUUGUUGCGUCGUUGUGGAAUAUCUUGCUGGCGGUGCGUUGAAAUCCUACCUCAUAAAGUUCAGGAGAAAGAAGCUAGCGUUCAAAGUUGUCGUGCAGAUGGCACUCGAUCUGGCUAGAGGGUUGAGUUACCUUCAUUCUCAGAAGAUUGUUCACAGAGAUGUUAAAACCGAGAAUAUGUUGUUGGACAAGUCGCGGACAGUUAAGAUCGCUGAUUUUGGAGUGGCUCGUGUGGAAGCCUCGAAUCCAAACGACAUGACAGGGGAGACGGGAACGCUCGGAUACAUGGCUCCAGAGGUUCUCAAUGGCAACCCUUACAACAGAAAAUGCGACGUCUACAGCUUCGGAAUCUGUCUGUGGGAGAUAUACUGUUGCGCCAUGCCAUAUCCCGACCUCAGCUUCUCCGAGGUCACAUCAGCGGUCGUGCAACAGAACUUGAGGCCUGAAAUCCCGAGAUGCUGCCCGAGCUCCCUUGCAAACGUGAUGAAGCAGUGCUGGGAUGCGAAUCCGGACAAGAGGCCCGAAAUGGACGAGGUGGUCGCCAUGAUAGAGGCCAUCGAUACGUCCAAGGGUGGCGGAAUGAUCCCGGUCGACCAGCAACAAGGCUGCCUCUGCUUCCGUACGAAACGAGGUCCGUGAAAUUAAAGUUUGAUUUGUAACAACAACAAGAUAUAUAGGCUAAUUAACAACCUUAGUUUGCUUCAUAUCUUUUGCUUGGUGUAAAAUUACAAGUAUUCUUCAUCUCCAUUCUAUCAUUAUUAAUUCAUUUUUAUUUUCUUUUCA